CUCUCUCUCUCUCUCUCUCUCUCCCUUCUCAGUCCUCAUCACAGUUCCAGACACACACAUUCUGCUGUUCAGUUGCUUAAGGUUCCCUCCUGGGGGUACCAACGUAUACCUUCUCAUUCUGCUUCCUUUGUCUCUUCCCUGUAAUUCUCUCUCUCUCUAUAUCUCCUCUCUCCAAUGUUUCUUUCUUGAACUUGUCUGCCAAAAAUGGUUGAAGAAUCCUUACAAACAGCGCCCUUCGACAGAACUGUGGAACAGGCAAUUUUAGUUUUGAAGAAGGGAGCACACCUUUUGAAGUGUGGAAGAAGAGGGAAGCCCAAGUUCUGUCCCUUUAGGCUUUCUACGGAUGAGAAAUAUUUGAUCUGGUAUUCAGGACAGGAAGAAAAGAAGUUGAGAUUGAGCUCAAUUAUGGAGGUUAUUACUGGCCAGCGGACUGUCAAUUUUCAGAGGCAACUUCAACCAGAUAAGGAGCAUCAGUCAUUCUCGCUAAUCUAUGCUAAUGGUGAACGUUCACUAGAUCUGAUAUGCAAGGACAAAGCCCAGGCUGAUUCUUGGUAUAUAGGCUUAAGAGCUGUUAUAUGGAGGUGUCAUCGUUCUAGGCCUUUUACUGGUCUCAGGAGCAACAGAGAGGCCCUUAGUUGUGUAAAUAGUCCCGCUGGUUAUAUUAGAAGAAAGCAUAAUCUGGGAAUUAUGGAGGAUGCCACAGAACUUUCACAGGUGCGCAGCUUAUGCGGAAGUCCUACACAGUCACUGUCAGAGAGGUGUUUUUCUGAUGGUUUGUCUUUUUCUUCUGAUAGCUUUUGUAUAUCAGAAUCAAGUCUUCAACAGAUGCAGAAUGCAGUGGAUGUGUUCGUUCCAAAUUCACCAUAUGUUGAACGAAAUAUCAAGAAAUGUGAAUCUAUUUAUGCUUGCUCUGAAUUUCCAAAAGAUAUGUCCCAUAGGUUUGUUGGCCCGACAUACAAAUCUCCACAGAUAGGGAAAAAUGACAUCUUGAAGGAUGUUCUUAUCUGGGGGGAAGCUGUGGAAGGAGGAAAUAUAAGAGGUAUGGUUCAGAGGAUUGGUAACCAUAGUGGGAUGCAAGUUGAUGCAUUAAUGCCAAAAUUACUGGACUCCACUGCAAUGAUUGAUGUACAAAGUAUAUCUUUAGGAGGGAAACAUGCUGCCUUGAUCACCAAAAGGGGGGAAGUUUUCUGUUGGGGUGAGGGAAGUGGUGGAAAGCUUGGGCAUAAAGUUAACAUGGACGUUAACUACCCAAAAGUUGUCGAGUCCCUGGAGGGUGUCCAUAUAAAAUAUGUUGCCUGUGGUGAAUACCAAACAUGUGCUGUGACACAUUCUGGAGAACUUUACAUGUGGGGUGACAACAAAUAUGGUGCUAGUUUAGUUGAUGAAGGGAGAACCAGAAUCCAUUGGUUACCGUAUAAACUUUCUGGCCCUUUUGAUGGGAUAACUAUAUCGAGAGUUGCUUGUGGGGAAUGGCAUACAGCAAUUGUAUCCUCCUCUGGGCAGUUAUUUACAUACGGAGAUGGAACUUUUGGGGUUCUUGGGCAUGGGAAUCUUCAAAGUGUUUCUCAGCCCAAGGAAGUUGAGUCUCUAAGUGGUUUCUGUGUAAAAUCUGUUGCUUGUGGAUCGUGGCACACUGCUGCUAUUGUGGACAUUGUUGCUGACCGCAUCAAGUUUAAUGCUGUUGGUGGGAAACUAUUUACAUGGGGAGAUGGUGAUAAAGGAAGACUUGGGCAUAUUGAGCUGGGAAAAAAACUUGUACCAACAUGUGUUUCGCCACUUGUGGAAUAUGAUUUUGUUCAAGUUUCCUGUGGAAGGAUGCUUACCGUUGCACUUACCAAUACAGGGAAGGUCUAUACAAUGGGAAGCACAGUGUAUGGACAGUUAGGGAAUCCACAAGCCCAAGAUAAAUCAAUCACAAUUGUUGAAGGAAAGCUUAAAGGGGAUUUUGUUAAGGAGAUAUCAUCAGGAUCUUACCAUGUUGCCGCCUUGACGUCAGGGGGAAGCGUAUAUACUUGGGGGAAGGGCAAAAAUGGGCAGUUAGGAUUAGGUAACACUGAAGAUAGAAACUCACCAACCUUUGUUGAGGUUUUGAGAAACAGGCAGAUUGAAAGUAUAACUUGUGGAUCAAAUUUAACUGCUGUAAUCUGUCUGCACAAAUCAAUCUCUGUUACUGAUCAGUCAGCUUGUAGUGGUUGUAGGAUGCUCUUUGGACUUACAAGGAAGAAACAUAACUGUUAUAAUUGCGGUCUUCUGUUUUGCCAUACAUGUAGCAGCAGGAAGGUCAUAAAUGCGUCUUUGGCUCCUAAUAAAACCAAGCCUUCUCGUGUCUGUGAUUCAUGUUUUAAUCAUCUGCAGAAAGUUACGCCUUCAGGUAGAAUAUUGAAGCUGGAAAAUCACAGUCCAAAGCAGAAAUUAUGUGCGAAUAAGAUGUUAUCUGAUGAGAAAGAAUACAGGGGGGAAGCAACCCCAGCAGGAAAUCGUAUACUGUCAGUGAGCCAAUCGUAUAAUCUCGAUAGUCAAGUUGGUCAGAAGAAGACUCAUAAAAGCCAAGGGGAAAAGGAGCAGCAGUUAGAAACUGUCUCUUCCUUUUCAUCUGGAUUGCCACGAUGGGGGCAAGUCUCAUGCCCUGCUGUUUUUGAAUCAUACAAUAGUAAGAAUUUCGCCCACAACUUGGGCUUAAGGUCAACUGUUUCUAGUGCCAUAAAUAUAGAUGAAGGCAUGUUUGAAACGAACAGAAUGCUUGGUGAAGAAGUUCAGAGAUUAAGAGCUGAGGCGAGGAGCCUCGAAAAGCAAUGUGAAAUUGGAAACCAGAAGAUUAGAGAAUGUCAAGAAACAAUAGAGAAAACAUGGUCUCUGGCUAGAGAGGAAGCAACAAAGCGUAAAGCAGCAAAUGAGAUUAUAAAAGCUUUGGCAUUAAGGCUUCAUGCAAUGUCGGUGAAAAUAUCUGCUGGAAAAGAAGCAAAAGUUGGAGUUGAUCUGAAUACUUCCCAGAACACACAGGCAAAAACAAAUAGCCCUAUUGUGAGUCUAAGGCCUGGAUUUUCAUCCAUUCAUUUGCCUCCUGAAAUAAAAUUGCCAAGAGAUAGACAAGUGGAUAGUUUAUCAAGCUCUCCUAUUGUAUUCUCUAAUACAUUAAAGUCCCUGGAUGGACGAGGGUUGUUCCAAGAAAAUAGCAGAUCAGAGGAUCAAUCUCCUGUCCCGAUAAAAGACUCUAGGCAAAAUGGAACUAAAGGUUCAACGCUUGAAUGGUUAGAACAAUAUGAACCUGGUGUAUAUAUCACAUUCACAAAUUUGCCAGAUGGGCAAAGGGGGCUUAAGCGAGUCAGAUUCAGCCGGAAACGAUUUGCUGAGAAAGAAGCUCAGCGAUGGUGGGAGGAGAAUCAAGUUGCGGUAUACCAGAAGUAUGGCAUUGAAGGAUAUUUCAACUCAAACCAAAAUCAGAUAAAGAGCUAAAUUUGAGUUAUCCUCUAUGCAUUCAUUCACAUUGCUUCUCAGGCAGAAACAGGCUGAAAUUACACAUUCGCCAAAGAUAUAACAAUUCCAGGCCAUGGAAGUUGCAUGUUACAAUUGGAGGAAUAGGUAGGUUGUCAAUUGUUCACAUGAAUGUCUCAUCUACCUCUUGUGACCCUAUCUCAAGAUAUAAAACUUGAUGCUUGUUCACACAGUCCUUGAUCGCCCAAGGCAUCUGCAUAUAGUUGCCAAUUUAAAAAAAAAAAAAAAGUUCUAGAUGAUACAUUCAGAUGAUUUGUGAAUUGCGAGGUUAAAGAGAAAUAUUUGAAUGCAGAUAAAAGCAUACAGAGCAACCAUGCAGACACCAUUCUCCAUCUCUA